AGCCGAGACGCGGGGAUCGGCUGGGAAUGCCUGGGCGCGCGGAGCCCGGUGGGAGGAAGAAGAAAUUGUCUAAACGAAUAACAUGAAGUCUAAUAGAAUCCCGCUGUUUAUUAUUUCAAGUCAGGGAAGUAAAAGUAAACCAUUGCUCUCUUCCCUCGGGGAUACCCUGUGUUUUAUUACUUGAAACACCUAGUUUUUCUAAGGCUGAUGAUGUCAGAAGUGAAAUCUCCUGUGAAAAAAAAACCUCGUACAAGUUUAUCAAUCAGCAAAACUAAAAAAAAUGAAUCUAACUCUAUUAUUUCGUUUUUUAACAAUGCACCACCUGCUAAACUUGCCUGCCCCAUUUGUAGUAAAAUGGUGCCGAGAUAUGGCUUAAACCGGCACCUUGAUGAAAUGUGUGCUAACAAUGAUGACAUGGCUCCAGUUGACUCCGGGCAUGCUGGCUUAAAGAAUUCAAAUGUGCCCACAGUGGAUAUAACCAAUAUUGUCUUAGGAGAUGUAAUACCUAAGAAGUUGUCACCAUCAAAGACAAAUUUAACCCCUGGCCAAAGUGAUUCAGCAAAAAUGAGCAUAAAACAGCAGACCAGCCCCUACUUUAAAAGUAAUGGUGGCUUGGUGUGCAAAAAUCAAGAUGAGCUGAGACAUCAUAACGUGAAAGUAAUUCCUUUGGGAAGCCUGUCAUCGAAAUUGUCCAGAAGAUACAGAAAGGCUAAAAGAUCAAUAGAUAAGAAUGAAGAAUUUGCCAGUCAGAGUCCACAGAGUUCCUUAUCCACGGUGGGCAGGAGCCUGGUUGAUAACUGUUCAGACACUGAGGACAAAGAUCAAAUUUUGGAGAACAGUUCUCAAAAGGAAAACUUGUUUACCUGUGAUUCCCUUAAGGAACAGAGUGCUCCUGAACAUACUGUAGAAGGCACUAAAAUAAUGGAAUUGGAAAGCCAAAGGGCUACUCAGGAAUGUGGGAGAUCAACCCUGACCCCUGCCUUCUCAGAUAAUGCUCCCGUGUUAUUUUCACCAGAUUUAACUCUUGGGAAUAAAUUACAGUCUACUUCAGAGGACAGUCUUGCAAAGCAGGAGAGUAUCAAAGGAGUAGACGGUAAAGGUCUUGAAAACUGUGAGGUAGGUAGUUGUGAAGAGGUAAAAAUGGCUGUUGCUUCAGAAGCUAAAACACAGUUGUCCGAUUGGGAGGCAGAAUCUCACACUUCUACAUGUGGUGCUACUGAAUGGAGUAACAUCCAAGACCUUCCUCUGGAAGGUGGCAGUGGCUUAAAGAAUGAAAUCACUCGCAGAAUUCCUUUGGAGCAGGGGUCAAGCUGUGACAUUCCUGGUAAAACAGUUCCAGCACCACCAAGUCAUCCCUACUACCUUCGGAGUUUCCUCGUGGUGCUGAAAGCCGUGUUUGAGAAUGAAGAUGAUAAGAUGCUCUUUGAUGAAGAUGAGAAGGGAAUUGUGACUAAGUUUUAUCAAUUGUCAGGUAGUGGUCAGAAGUUAUACGUAAGACUUUUUCAACGUAAAUUCAGCUGGAUUAAGAUGAAUAAAUUGGAAUAUGAAGAGAUUGCCUCUGACUUAACACCCGUGAUUGGAGAAUUGAAGCAAGCAGGCUUUCUGCAGACAGAAUCUGAGUUGCAAGAGCUCUCUGAGGUGCUUGAACUACUUUCUGCUCCUGAACUAAAAACCCUGGCAAAGACCUUCCACUUGGUGAAUCCCAGUGGACAGAAACAGCAGCUGGUGGAUGCCUUUCUUAAAUUGGCCAAACAGCCUUCAGUCUGCACUUGGGGCAAGAAGCAGUCUGGAAUCCGUGCAGUGAUUUUAAAAAGAGCUAAAGACUUAGCGGGACGGUCGCUGAGAGUCUGUAAAGGCCCCCGGGCUGUGUUCUCCCGAAUCUUGCUACUGUUUUCAUUGACCGACUCGCUGGAAGAUGAGGAAGCCGCCUGUGGCGGUCAGGGCCAGCUUUCUGCUGUGCUCUUGGUCAAUCUUGGCCGAAUGGAGUUUCCUCGGUACACCAUCAGUCGGAAAACCCAAGUCUUCCAAGAUAGAGAUGAUCUUAUCAGAUAUGCAGCAGCUGCGCACAUGCUGAGUGACAUUUCUACCGCAAUGGCCAAUGGGAACUGGAAAGAAGCUAAAGAGCUCUCUCAGUGUGCAAAAAGGGAUUGGAACAAGCUGAAAAACCACCCUUCCCUGAGAUACCAUGAGAAUCUACCGCUCUUUCUGCGGUGUUUUACCGUCGGGUGGGUUUAUACGAGGAUUUUGUCUCGGACUGUUGAAAUAUUGCAGAGACUUCACAUGUAUGAGGAAGCAGUCAAGGAACUUGAAGACCUUUUGUCCCAGAAGGUGUACUGUCCUGACAGCAGAGGCCGGUGGUGGGACAGACUGGCUCUCAACUUGCACCAGCACUUGAAACGCCUCGAACCGGCUAUCAAGUGCAUCGCAGAAGGGCUGGCUGACCCAGAAGUAAGAACGGGACAUCGUCUUUCACUGUAUCAGAGAGCCCUGCGCCUGAGGGAGUCUCCGAGCUGCCGGAAGUACAGGCGCCUCCUCCAUCAGCUCCCGGAAAUAACUGUGGAAGAUGUCACACACGUGACCAUCACGGGCCGGCUGUGCCCGCAGCGGGGGAUGGGCAAGUCUGUGUUUGUGAUGGAGGCCGAGGGGGCCACCGCCCCCGCCACAGUCCUGUGCUCCGUGGAGGAGCUGGCGCUGGCCUAUUACAGACGCGGCGGCUUCGACCAGGGGAUUCAUGGGGAAGGAUCCACCUUUAGCACACUCUAUGGCCUCCUGCUGUGGGACAUAAUCUUCAUGGACGGGAUUCCAGAUGUCUUCAGAAACGCCUACCAGGCACUUCCACUGGACUUGUGCACAGACAGCUUCUUUGAAAGCAGGCGGCAGGCCAUUGAGGCCAGGCUGCAGCUGAUUCACAGUGCCCCGGCGGAGACCCUGCGAGCCUGGGUGGCAGCCGCGUGGCAGGCCCAGGAAGGCAGAGUGGCUUCCAUUGUCAGCUGGGAUCGCUUCUCUUCUCUUCAGCAGGCUCAGGAUCUUGUUUCCUGCUUGGGAGGCCCUGUCCUCAGUGGUGUGUGCAGGCGCCUGGCUGUGGACUUUCGACAUUGCCGAGGGGGCCUCCCCGACCUGGUGGUGUGGAACUCUCAAAAUCAUCGUUUUAAGCUGGUGGAAGUUAAAGGCCCCAAUGACCGACUUUCGCAUAAGCAAAUGAUCUGGUUGGAUGAACUGCAGAAGUUGGGGGCUGAGGUCGAAGUCUGCCAUGUGGUUGCAGUUGGAGCUAAGAGCAAAAAUCUUAACUAAGAGAUAUGGAAUUGAGAGUAUCUGGUCAUACAUCGGUUUAAGAUUUUCAACAGCAUCAAGCGUUAUUAUAUU